AUGCUGGGCCAGAAGACGAACCUCAGCAAGCGCAUCCGUGAGAUGCGUGCCAGCAUAGCCUUGCAAGGGCAAGCAAGGAACUUGUACAGCAAGCCACAGGAAGAGAAGUUCACGCAGAACCUGGAGCGGCUGCCCCAGCUGCGAGAGGCGGUGCAGGAGGAUAUCUAUGUCCUGGGCCUUGCCCGCAAGCAUGAGCUCACCAUCGCUGAGGCUUGCGGAGCGGAGCAGCCCUUGGGCAUUGCUUUGGCCAGUAAGCCGUUGGAGGUAAUAGCAGAGUCCAGCGGGCCCGGGCUGCUGGCAGUGGGCUGGGGUUCAGGGGAUGCUCAGAAGGAGCGGUUGGAGGGAACAGGCAGCUGGUGCCAGCACCACGACAGCCCCGCAGGGCUGGUGGCCCAGGAGAAGCUCCGGGCUGAAGUCUGUCGCCAGGUGAACACAUGCAACAUGCUGCUGUACUUGGUGGAGCAGCGGAGCCGGGCCAAGGAGCGGCUGCAGAGGCGGCUGCAGCAGCUGCAGGAUGUCCAGAGGGCCGAAAAGCAGCAGCAGGCACAGGUGGUUCGUACCCUGGAGGGCAACAUAGAGAAGAUGCAAACAAAAGUCCGCGCUGGGCAGAAGGUGACUGCCCUGUACGUGGCGGUGCGGGAUGCCCUGAGGAAGGAGCUGGCCCACCUGCCUCUGCACCUGGACCUCCUGAGUGAGACGGCCGAGCUGCAGCAUAGGGAGGUGGAGGACAUGGAGCUCAUGGCCUCGCGUGGGCUCAGAGCUGCUCGUGGAGCCGAGGAGCACAUGGUCAGGACGAAAACCCAGGUCCUUGCAGAGAGGGAGCUCAGGCUCCGCACCCAGGCUGCUCAGAAAGAGCCCACAGACGGAGGCUGGCUCAAGGAAGCAAAAGAAAGGGCUCUGAAAACGCAAGCCAAGCAUGACCUCAGAAGGGACUUCCUGAGCCUGCCCGCAGAGGACCCAGUGGUGGCUGCCAAACUGGAGGCCACCAAGUACCAGCUGCAGCGGGAGGCCUAUGUGAGGGAGAAGAUAGAGGAGGCCAAGGAUGUGGUGCAGUGCUCCCGCCUCUGGGACAUCCCCAUCAGGCUCCAGGCACAGCAGAAGUCCCUGCUGGAAAUGGAGCAGUACCUCACAAGGGGGCUGGUGGAGGAGCUGAGGACGAGGCUGCAGCGGGAAGAGGCUCGGCUGGAACAGGGGCGAGCCCAGCUGCUGAGGAGCCAGGAGACGCUGCUGGACUUUGAAAACGCACUUGACAACCUCUUCGUCCGGCUGCGGGGCAUCACCGCGCCUGGCCAGGAGCAUCCUGUCAAGGCCAUGGCAGUGGACGAGAAGCUCCGGCAGUGUGAGCAGAAGCUGCAGUACCUGGUGCAGCGGGUGGCUGACCUGCCCCCCUCCAGCCACAGCGAGGAUGAUGAGGUGCACGGCGGCUCCAUCCCUGCUGCGCUCUUUGGGGACCCGCACAGGCUUUCCCGGGUGGCCCGUGCCAAGCCAUCCUCCCAGCUGGAGGAUGGAGGUGCUCGAGGGAAGAGCCACGGAGCAGCUCAGGCCCAGGUGGCCCCGGGCUCUACUUUUGUGAAGGUCAGGCAGCUGCUGGAGGAAACCCUCAUGGCCGAUCCACGGAACCGGAAGGUUUCCUUGGAGGACACGGGCGUGGGGCUCCAAGACGAUUUUGAUAUCCCUGACAACCACAGUGGUCUUGUCCUCACCAGAGAAGCCAUCAAGAAGCAAGGGCUGGACUUGAUCGAAAGCAAGAAGAAAAGCAAGAGGAAGUAG